CAGCCCAAUUCCUGUUUGAGCUCACUGCUGAGAGUCUGCAGCCAUCCUUCACUGCAUGACAGCCUCUGCUACUCGGCUCUGCACAAACUUUUCAAAAGGAAAUUGCUUUCUUGUUGCACACACACACAGAGCCCCCGACUACACUGUACACCGGUCCUUGAUCUGAUCUGGUGACCCAAAUUUCAUCUGAAAAAGAGUUUCUUACACAAGCUGUUCCUAAACUCUGUCAUCUUUCUUGAAGAUUACGGUUAUUGAAAGACUAUACACACAUAUAUCGUACAUCACUAUAUUCACACAAUGAGCAGGCUUGCGUACCCGAGCAAAAGCUUGAACCGCAAUUACAGUAUAGAUGACCUGGUCCUCUCUGCGGACAUCUCCUCAAGAGCUACAUACUGCUACAUUCUCCUGGCACUGGCUGGUUUGACAGCCAGCAUCUUCAUCCUAAUAACCUUCAUCAGAGGCUGCAAAGGAAGAAAGAGCCUGACCAAGGUGGACACCUUCUUCUUUGCCCUUUCCCUCACCGACCUGUAUCUAAUACUCUGCUCCGUCUCUGUAAUCGCAUGCAGACCCAGCUACUUUGAGACCACCAGUCUGAACUGUGCGGUAUUGUCGUUUUUCUUCAACAUCAGCUACUUCAACUCUCAGUUUCUCCAAGUGGCCAUGCUGUUCUUCUUGACGUUCGAGGAGAACCGCCCCAGCGUAGCUCUGCUGAUAAAAGCGCUGGACAACGCUCUGGCCUGCGUCGGCCUCACAGCCCUCGGCGCCCUCCUCGGUUCAGUCUUCACAACGGCACUGCUGGAGACGGGCCAGCAGCUCAAUGAGUCCCUCUACUGCCAGCUGGACCCCCUGCAAGCUGGACCCCGGUACGACAUUGCCAAGUUCAUUGUGGGGAUAGCGCUUCCCUGCCUCCUCCUGACGCUCCUCCUCGUCAAGUGCCUCCUCCUUUGGAAAAAGUCAGAAACCGGAAUGGGUUUGGCGGCCAAGCUCAAGGCUUGUUCUGCGUUCGUAGCUGUGGCCUCGGUGACGCUCGUCUGCAGGAUCUUUUACAACGCCGUCCUGCUCCACAGAACCUCCCUCAAGUACGGGCUGGGCAGCUUCUCUCCGCAGCAGGAGGCCCUGUGCAACGUGGCGGAGCUGGUGAUGUUCUCAGGUAGCUGCCUCAGCUUGGUGCUCAUCGUCUCUCUUCAUAAACCGUGCCGGGAAGGCAUGGUAAAAACUCUGAAGAGCCUGAAAGACCCCUGCAGUAGAAUCGGCAGGGACGAGACUCACAGGAAUAUCAUGACGCCCACCACAGAGAUCGCAGAGCAAAAAGAGGACACUGUGUCGCUGCACACCAAGAACCAGGGAGAGGCGCCCGGGGCAACCGACAGCUGCUGAUGAGCGGGCAGAGGAAAAGCAGAGAGCCGCUGGCAUCGACAGGAGUGCCCAUACUCACCGACAGACCUUGACUGCAAGAACUUAAUUAAAAAAUAUAUAUUUUUCACCCUUUUUUACUUUACUUUUUAAAAGCUGUACAGUACUGCUUGGCAGAACCCUGUUCAGAAUGGUAAUCUAGUCUCAGUAAUGACACAUAAUCGGAUAAUCUGUACUGCAAUAAAAAUACCUUGUCCUCGCCACUGUUUUUUUUUUUUAAUCUUUUUAAGAUAUGAAUGUUUUGUAUAGUUGUCAUAGCAUUAUGACAACGACUGGCUUCUACAGCUGCUACAUAAUGAUUCACCCCCCUUUUUGAAGCCCCAAAGAGCCAUCUGGCAGAGUAGAGGCCCUAGCUACUAAGACACUUGUUUUAAGCGGUCAUAUUUGGCAGUUCACUAAUAAUGCCAUUUUUCAUAUCGACAGACAACCUGGCGCUAAUAUCACAAAGGAACAUUAGUAGGUCAGGCAGCAUUCUCAACAGCUGAGCCUUUUAGCUAAGAAGCCACCAGCAGAUUAAAACUCCCUUUGUCUUCAGAGAAUCAAUCAUCAAGAAGAUAUGUUAUCAAAAUCGGAGAGACGGCUUCUUUUGCUUUGUGGAGCUGGAAUUGAACAGAUAUCUCAGGGUCCCUGUGCAGCUCCUCGUUGUUUAAACAGGAGCAGGGUUCUGGGGUCGGAACUCGGGAUCUCAUUACAGUUUAAAAGAUUUUGUGCUUUCAGAGGUUUUUAAUGUAGUAGCUGCUGCCUGUAGCCUUUCUUGUUAUGUAUUAUUACUGCGUGUUUUUACAUUCCCCAAAUUAACAUCCAGUCUCAAUUCUGAUUACCCGACAUUAGAAAUCUGUUUCGGGAUAUUUAUCACUGGCUUUCCAUAUGCACUGUGAUAACAAAUUGGAUAGGUGUAUAAUCUCAUCAAGAAAUCCGCUUUCAACUCUGUCCAAGUGGCAGAAAGAAAUAAAGGCAUGUUCGCCAAGUUUUAAGCAGGCAGACCCCAAAUAACCUGUUUGCACGGCAGUGGGCUUGUGUAAUCAUCCACAGGGAAGGAAAGACGACAACACAGCAGCUUUGCCCAUUUCCAGGUUUUAAGACAAGCUUUAUCAGCCUGCGCUGAUCAAGUGUGUUUUAUUAAUCUCAUAGUAAAACCAGGAAUAGAUCAAACUGCUGUGCAAUUGGGGUCUCAUUUCCAUCCCCGAUCUAGAACUAUUAAAACACUCAAUAGCGUGCCAAAUUUAUAAAUAGUAAAAAAAACGGAAUUAAUUCAAAAUGAGAAGCAUUUCAACAACAAGACGUUGAGAAAGACAGACGAAGCGUUCCUCAUUGAAUGUUUUACAAUGAUGUAACCAUAAUCAACGUUCCUGGAACUCAGGCAGUAGGUCACACAGUCGGCGCCGCGAACACUCGACCAGCUGUGGGCUGCUGAAGUUUAUACUGUUCCAGACAAGGGCCAGGACAGGUUGUGGACCAAAAACAUUAUUUAAAAUAAAACAACUUCAGUUGUCUUCUGAAGUUCUGGAAGGUGUUGAGGUACCUGGGGAACUGCUCAACGUUAACACUGCAAGGAUAAUGAAGGGUUAAACCAACAAUAUGAGAUAUGCAAGACAGGCAUUUUCUCUCCUUCACACAGAAAUGCACACAUAUUUUAGUUUCCUUACAACACAGAUGGCCAACAUAGCACGUGGUGUACCCCCAUUGCAAGUGAACACAAAACAUAAAGCAGUCUGCAGACUUCUCCUUGUGUUUACAGGAUAAACACAGAUUAUAUCUGGACUAAAAUUUUACUUAAAUAAGAAACCUAAUUUCCAAGUAUCUAUGGGUGUAAACACGUAAAUAAAAGGUGUGUUGACAUGUUAAUAAAAGACAACUGGCCAAUCCAAGAAAAUGGCAGUCAAAGAAGGUCAAAGUAUCUGGAAAAGGUGGCAUAGAGUGUUUAUAUAAUUGUGUCUUUGGAUUUACUGCUGUCCCAUGUUAUCAGGUUUCUAUAUGUGGAAAGCAUGGAAUACAGAAAAGUUCUACUGUGCCAACCAAUGCAUCUGAAUAUAUAAAAUACACCCCUUCACAGAGUGUUUUACAAAUUCAAUGUCAAUCUCCACUCGAGGAAACCCUUUUGAGUUCCACAGGUUAGCCCCAAGCUAUUCCUGACUAUCUCCUUGCCAUCAUUAAGUGUUUCAUACUGUACUCCAUCUCUGUAAUCGCACACAGAAACCAGCUACUUGGAGACAACCAGCCUGAAAUGUGGGAUCUUGUCGUUUUCAACUCGGGAAUCACUCUGUUCUGUUCCACUAAACAUUUAAUUUCCUUUCCGGAAUCGCUUGAGUUUCAAGGAAAACCGUUAACGCUAAUGGGACCGAUUCAAUUUUACGUCCAGGUCGUUUAAGGUCGGUUAAGGACAUGCGCUCCACUAAUAAAACACACGUGGCCCUCUUGACUCUAUUUUACUUGACCACGUUCCCUGUGCGGUCGUGACUCACCUUCUGCACAGAAGGGCUGCGUAACCUGCAAGAAGAUAGCGUUUUCAAAAAUAUCCACGUAAAAAUUGAAAUAGGCCAAGCAAGAUACACCUUUCCGCUUGGCCACUGAACAUCCUUGUUUAGUUGCUACCUGGCAACUUCCUACUGUCUGAACUCUUAACCAGGUGCACAUUACACAGCCAACAUACUACACACCAGAGCUCCACGUAGGGCCCACUAGAAACACCAGGAGCUCUCCGACCACAAACCACUCUUAAGUGCAUUUUCAAUUAGCCACCUAGGCACAAUCUAGAAAGGGUGCCCCUGGCUCUUAAUUGGGUAAAAGAGAGGACUUAAAGUUCUUGUA